UUCUCCUUGGCGAAGUAUCAUGAAGUCUACAAGGAGGUCUUGAAGGAGAAGCUGCCCGAGGACUACUUCGUCAUUUGCGGCCUCAGCGUGGGUUAUCUGGAGAACGACCAGGAUCCACGCAAGACCCCGGGCUUCAUGCCAACGAAGCUCGGCGUGGAUGAUACCACGAGGUGGGUGAACUGCGAUGCUGAGUGGCUGAAGACGUCUGGAGGUGCCUUGACUGGCAACAACGAGCACGGCCUCAUGCACUUGGUCAAGUCUCGGCACUGCUCGCACACCCUUGAUACGCCGCGGCCUGUCCCCUACGACUUCCUGGCAUCCAUUCUGUCGGCUGCUCGCUUCGUUAGCUCCGCCUCGAACUCACAGCCCUGGUCAGUGACGGUGAUCCAAGGUGCCGCGCGCGACAAGUUGUCAAAGGCUAUGCUCGACUACUUUGACAAUGGCAAUGACGGAGGACAGACCUACAAGAAGUACAGCACCCAGAACACUGCGCGCAUGCAAAAGGGCAAGGACCAGUAUGGCUUUGAGCUCUAUGAGGAGCGCCACAAGCUGGAUCGCGAUGACAAGGAUGGUCGCCGCAAGAAGUACCGCCCCAACUACGAAUUCUGGGGUGCCCCCGUGCUGUUGCUCCUCAAGGCACCGAAGGCUGCAGCAGCAGGAACCUUUGUGGAUGUCGGGUCCUUCAU